AUGCCGCCCGAGGUCGCCCAGCGCCUUAGCGAGGCGGUGUCGCUGGCGCAGGCGGGACAGCCCGACGCGGCGCGCGCGGUGUGCUCCGCGCUCGUGGAGCGUGGCGGUGGCUCGCGGCACCCGCAGCCUCACUUUGUGCUCGGCGUGCUGGCCAGUGCCGACGGCAACCACGUCGCCGCAGAGGCGCACUACCGGGCGGCGCUGUCGCUGGAGCCUUCGCACGCGGGCGCGCUGACCAACCUGGGCCAGUCGCUGCUCGCGACGGGCCGCGUCGCCGAGGCUGUGCCGCUGCUGCGCCGCGCAGCCUCCUUUGGCCCGCUCGAGGCGCGGCUCAACCUCGCGAGUGCCCUCGCCCGGGCGGGAGAGCACUCGGAGGCGGCCGAGGAGGCGGCACGCGCGGCGCAGCUCUCGCCCGGCAGCGCGACGGCGCUGACCGUGCUCGGCGAUGUCGCGCUGCUCGGCGGCGACGCGAGUGGCGCCGCCGAGGCUGCGGCGCGCGCCAUCACCGCGGCAGCGAGGUCGGACGCGGCUGGCCUGGCGGCGGCAUGGGCCUUGCGCGCCGCGGCGCUCGCCGAGUCGGGCGACGCGAUCGCGGCGCUGGAGGCGUGCGCGCAGUCGCUGCUGCUCGUGCCGGACCAGCCGCGCGCGCGAGCCUUGCGGCCGUCCCUCGCCGCUCCCGCACUGCGGUCCGGCGACGUCUUCAUCGCAACGUUCCCAAAGUCCGGCGCCAGCAGAGCUGCUGCAGCUCGCCUGCCCACCUCGGAGCUGCCUCGGAGCCGUCUGACGGAGCUGCGUCUAGGCACCACCUGGCUGCAGCAGAUCGUCUGCUGCCUCUUCGGCGAGCCGAACGCCCACGUGCAGACGCGCGUGCCUUGGGUCGAGGCGGCCGUCGCCACCGGCGCCUUCUCGCUGCGCCAGCUCGCCGCACUGCCACACGCGCGGCGUGCCUUCAAGACGCACGCGCCGCCAGAGGGCCUGCCCGUCGCCGGCUGCCUCGCCGGCGCCCCUCCGCCGGGCGUGGCGGUGGUGGUGGUGGUGCGGGACCCGCGCGACGUGGCGGUGUCUCUCUACCACCACUCGCGCGCCCUCAAGGCGGUGGCGCGCGUGGCCGGAUUGCUCGGCGUGCAGCCCGACGGCGCCGCGCUCGACGCGGCGGUGCGCGCGUCGAGCUUCGAGGCGAUGCGGCAGAGGCACGAGGCGACGGACGGCGCCGCGAGCCGGGCGAUGCGGCACGAGGGCGAGGCGGGCCACUUCCGCCGCGGGUCGCCGGGUGGCUGGCGGGAGAAAUUCACGCCCGAGCAGAGCCGCCGCUUCGACGCGGCGCUCCGCGAGAGGCUCGGCGGGAGUGGGCUUGAGGAGGAAUUUUUCCCGCCGGUGACGACGGGGGUGGCGCGGUGA